AUGCGUGCCUUCAUACAUUUCACAAAAAGACACCCCUGGUUAACCAAUGUGACAAUCUACGGCUCUCUCUUUGCAUCAGCUGAUGCUGUACAACAGAAACUCACUAAAGGACCCAAUGAACAAAUAGAUUUUAAACAAACUGCCAAGGUUGGAAUUGUGGGAUUCUGCUUCCAUGCCAAUUUUAACUUUUACUGGCUGAGGUUUAUUGAAAGAACUUUUCCAGGAUCCGCAGCUAAGAAUGUCAUUCGGAAGGUAGCAUGCGAUCAGCUGCUGGCAGCUCCAGUUACAAUAAGUGCUUUCUAUACAGGUUUAAGUCUUCUGGAUGGAGAGGAGGAUAUUUUUAAAAACCUUAGAGAGAAAUUUUGGCCAACUUACAAGACAGGAGUAUUUUGCUGGACCAUCUUUCAGACCAUAAAUUUCAGCCUUAUACCACCAAUCAUCAGAACUGCCUACAUUGGAGUUUGUGCAUUUUUGUGGACCACAUUUCUCUGCUAUAUCCGUAACAGAGACAUUGACCAAGUGAAAACACGUGUCCUGCAACAUAUCCCAACAUGGGGCAGUAAAACGACUGCACAGACAGAAAAGGAAGAUGAAAGUAAAUCUUCCAAAUAA